GGUUUCGAUUUUUCCAAUGGAGGACUGCCGGGGGAUGACGAUGAUGACGAAAUCGAGAUGGACGAUGAUGCAUUGCUGGCAUAUUUGAAAGCAAUCUCUAACGAGAAUGUGGCAGAACAGAACGUACCGGACACGUCAGACGAGACAUCAACUAAGUUGGACUUAAUGAAUGCACUGAUUGGUGAAAUGGGAGAGGAUCAUACAACCUCGAUUCGCAAAGACCUUGACCAAAACCCGUGCUUGGGUACGGUUAUAGUGUUACGUAAAUGCCGAGAAGAUGAUGUUGAAUCAUCUAGUACCUAA